AUACAAAAUUAUGCACUGAAUGCUAUCCUUAAUUUUGUACGGAAAUUAGCUCAAAAUUUCGUAUCGUGGCAGACGGCAUGGCGUCAUCGUACAUUCAAAUACUAUGGGAAUAUGAGGAGUUCCGAAAAUUGAAGUAGGCUAUGACCAGCUUUGUUUAUUAUUUGACAGCCGAAUAAAUAAAUGGUGACAGAACGCGUCAGAUUUUCAUGCACGGUGGAGUGAAUUUGGUUAAUUUUCUAUUAUUAUGAAAUAGUCAAACUUCAAAUUUCAAACAGCAGCCAGAUUUGAAAGCCACCUGAUCGAGAAACAUGCAGCAAGACGAAGAUAGUGCUAACAUUGUAAGGCAAACUGUGGAAGGGGUGGACACUCAUGAAGAUCAAGAACUCGCUUCAGAUGAUGACUUCAAUCCAGCUUUGUUAUGUCCAGAUGUAAUCAUGGAGGUCAACGAGGUACCAAUGUCAUCUAAUGAAAUCAACGGAAUAUCAAAUCACAUACACAACAUUGUAAAUGCUAAAAUCCAACUUGAUGAAGACGAAAGAAACUUACUGAGGAAAUCUAAGCUACAGAGAAGCCGUCCCAUUCAGUUCUCAGAGAUACACUGUACAGCAUGUAACUGUCAUCUGGGCAGCGCUUUAGCUUGUUCGCCGAACAUGUUUGUACAUCCACUUCUAAAUGUGCUGGUGUGCAAGAAUUGCUACGAGUACUACACUUCAGGAGACUUCGAAAAGGACGAGGAUGGUACCGAGAUGUACUGCCGGUGGUGUGGACAGGGAGGAAACGUGAUGUGCUGCGCAGCUUGCCCGAUGGUCUUUUGCCAGACAUGUAUCCAGAUUAAUUUCGACGAUGACAAGCUACAAGAGAUAAAGAACAACGAUGACUGGAAAUGCUUUGGCUGUGAUCCGGAACAGAUCAAACAUCUCAAGAUACAAUACUGCGAGUUGGCGGAAUAUUUUCAAAGGGAGAUGUCACACCUCAGUGAUGCUAAAAAGAACAACAGACUGAUGAGGCGCGACUAUUCAAAAUGUUGCGGCGAGAAAUAUCACGACAAAAGCAAGAGGGAGAAGGGGUCAGAUGAUACGCUGAUAGAGGCAAGGGCUGAGCAGCUCACAAAAAAUAUAAAUUGUCUAUUGAAGAUUCCUCCGCCAACAAACCAAAGUCAACCAGUCAACGUUGUACCGUCAUUGCAGCCUGUCAACUGUACCGGAACACCACUCACUGUGCUGUCAUUCAAGAGGCCUUUUCACAACGUUAAUUCUGCCACAGGUUUCAUAAGGCAAGGAAACCAGAUGACACCCGUCCGUUUACUACCUCAGCAACAGCUGGUGCCUCGGUAUGUGGCACAAGCGCCUUAUCCACAGCAUGCGACGAUGCAACCUCUUUUGGCACCCAAGACUUUUGUCUGCAAGUCUACACAGGUUUGUUACGUGAUUUCACACUGACGUUUCGGUUUUUUCUUUAUAAUGGAGAGUUUCGUAUCUUUGAGUGUUCGAUGCCGUUGUUUAUAAAUGCGAUGUUAAGUCGCCUCCAAGUAAAACAAACACUAUAUAUUAAAUAAGGGAGGGUUUACACUAGCAUGUAGCACUUGCGUAAGUUUUAUUUGCAUCCAACUUGAAGAAAAACUUGCAAAUGUAAACACUAAUAUGCACAAAAGUUUAUCUUGCAACGCGGAUUUGCAUGCAUUUGUUGCUUUCGCAAAUAAAUUCUGUUUUGACAGAAAUACUUUCCUGUAUAGGCCUGUUGCUUGCAGCCAACAACUAAUUGCAAACAAGUGACGAGAGUGUUUGGUCGAGAUGAAGAACUGCACUGACUAAACUUUAAGCAAGUUUCCCUUGCAAAGUUUGCAUCAACUUGCAUGUCCUACUUACGCAAGCACUACAUGUUAGGGUAAACUCCCCUUAAUAUUCCAAAAAGUGCAAGUAGAACUUCUUCAAGAUAUUAUCGAGAAAGGUAAUCAAAAGUGCAUUUAAAUAACGACAAUGAGUUGUUGAUACAUGAUCAAAAGCUCACCAAAAAACUUUUGUAAAGUAGUUAACCUUUACAUAUUUUGAAUUAAGUCCAAAGUCACAUUCUCAGUUACAGCUGAUUAUUCAGCGUUUCAAGCAAGGAUAUCUCGGCUGAGGUCAACUUGUAAUUUAAGGUAUCGCGAAUGAGUUAAUAUUGGCCUUCUUAGGUGUAACAUAGAGGUGUCAGGGAAGUUACCCAAUAACUGCCGUCAAUUGCUAGCUAGCUACAGACAACUUGAUGUUCAGGCAGAAAAAAUAUUGCUGGUGUGAUCCCGUCUUGGUAUAAUUAAAUUCGCUCUAGAUUGAGCAGCUAGAAGCAACAAUUUUUUGACGAUAACGUGUUUCACAUAUAUGCAUAUUUGAGCUUAGUCAAAACAGUGUAUCUCACAGCCACUUUGAGAUACUUAAGAAGAAGGAAAGAUAAAGAUGCAAUCAAGCAUAAAGAAAUUCUUAUACAUACAGAGUGAUUCAUAAGUGGUGACCAAAUAUGAAACAUCAUACACAGGACCGCAUUUAAGUAACAUUUUUUUCUCGAGGACUUCAUUAAAAAGAUAGAUAGAAAGUUUAGAAAUAAAAACCAUUUUUUAUUAUUUUCAAAACCGUCAACUGGAAUGAACUAAGUAUUAUCCACGUUCAACAGUCUUUACUUAAAAUUAACGGAGAUACAGGGGAUUGGUGGUGGCAUUAUUUUUCCAAAUAAAAAUAGUACGCCACUGUUUUGCUUUCGAAACGCGCA